AUGAGCGAUUUUGUUCAAGGCAAAAAGCUGAAGGCUCUCAUUCAAAAUGAGUCGUUGGAUAAUGCAAGUGCUGAUUCAUUUGCGAAUUUAUUUCAGCAAGCGAUGGCGAAGAAUCGUGAGUAUGAGUAUGAUCAAAUCAAAAAAAAAAACUACAAGGGUCCCAAAGGGCCUCCUGAAGUCAUCAAAGGCGAAGCACAUGAGGCUCCUAAAGCAAAAUCACUCGACGAUUUCUAUAGCGGCAUACAUGACGUUGCCAAAAAGGCCAUCGGUACUCGAGCAUAUGUUAAGGCAAAAUUUUUUGGAACAGGUGGUGGAUAA